UACGUUUGGAUCCGAAACACAUUCAGCGACUAUAUAAAGUCAGACCUUUUUCUUGAUUUUUUUACUUUUUUUUUUCUGUAAUUCCAUAAUAAUCUAUCAUGCCACAUUUAAAAGCUUCCAACAAGGAAGAUGCAACUAUUUCAUUGAUUCUCGAUCCUUCUUUUACAGGCGUCAUUCGAGGUGUAGCACACGAUGAAUCAGAAGGCUGCACAGUGAAAGGCAGUUGUAUUGUUCAAGUCAACAAGCCAAUCAAAGUCAGACGUUUUCUUAUUUGGCUUGAAGGACGAUGCAAAGUUACCCUGAAGGGCACCACUUAUGGAUACAGCGUCUCUAAUACAGAAACAAAUGAAAGUCGUACUAUUUAUUCUAAAGAUCAACAUUUUAUUGGUGAUGAUGGUUUGACACAUACCUUGACACCUGGACAAUAUGUUUACCCAUUCAGCUUUGAUUUACCCCCCAGCCUUCCCGCAAGUUUCCGUGGCAAGCGAGGCUAUGUGCGAUACAGACUUCAAGCUGCUAUCUAUCGUCCCAUGUUUGCUAGUGAUAUCCAUGCCUCUCGUGAUAUUCCUAUCAAGCGCUGUCUCUUGAACGAUGAGACACCUAUGGCUGAAUUGCGUGAAACAUACGAAGGCAGGCAACAUACCAACAAACUCCAUUAUACAGCUACAGCUCCCAGUAUUGCUUACCGGGAAGGCGGUUUGAUCCGUCUUAAUAUCAACAUGAAAUUACUUCGACCAGAGACACAGUCUGUCAGAACAGUAACUUGUGCUUUAAGAGAACGAGUCCAGUACAGAACAACAGAUGGUAAUGCCAACACAAUCAGCAGCAAGACAGACAAUCUCUUUCCUCUUGGCUACAGUACUUUUUACCCAAAUCAAUCACCCGAUUAUGAUCCUAAAGAAACAGCAGAUUACAAUGCUUUGUUCCGCUUGUGUCCCCGUGUCAAUGCAGAUCUGAACAGUCGCCUGAUGAAGGUGACACAUGCUCUUGUGGUCAACAUCAUGGUGGAGGACAAGGCAGAUGAUGCUGAAGAUGAAUCAGCUUAUGAAACAGAUGCUACUGAGUCCGAAUGGGCUUCUGAAGACGACCAUCAACAAACUGUACACAGCACAAGAUCAAUAGAUUCAAAGCAUCAUUACAAUGAAAGCCCCAACACAACACCACCUGCCUCUACACCUGGUUCUCCUGUCUUAUCUCGGUCUUCCUCUGCCUCUUCCUUGGCCUCUAUCUUUUCUAUUGCUCGCUCUCAUCCCAAUUCCCCCAACAACCAUCACAAUGGUGAAGACUAUUUGGCUGCUGGUAUGACUUCUAUUCCUGCUAUCAAGAGUUCUCGUCGCAAAUCUCAUCGUCACAAGGACACUCAUGGACCUCGUCUAACUCUCUGUUCCAUGGAAGUUCCCUUGGUUGUCACUUCUCGUGAACACACAUGGAAUGAUAAGCCCACUAUCAACUCACCACCUGCUUAUGAUGCAGUGGAAGAACCUCCCAGUUACAACUCUGCCCUUGAAAACCUGCCUCGUGCGCCUAUUUAUGAUCAUGAUGAUCCUUCCCCUUGUCCCUCCGAACCUUCCACUCCUCCUAAUGAAGAAGUUGCUGGGCCCAGCCGACCUUCACUCUCAUCUCAUCAUCGACAUUCUUUUACUGAUAUUGCUGCCAAGGUUUUCUCUAAGGCUGGAAUGACUCAUUCUUAACUUAUUUGAAUUUACAUCAUGAUUGUACAUAUGCAUUUUAUUUUUAUAUAUAUAUAUAUAUAUACAUACAUACUUAUAGACUUAUAUUCAUACAUUUCUAAUAAAAUCAUUCAUAU